UUGAAAAUGUCAAGCCAAUAUCAAAUGGAUUCUGAUGAAGAACCCCAAAUUAUUCAUUCGGGAGAAGAGCUGUCAAGCUCUGAAGAGGAAGAGGCACCUUUGGUGGUGCUGGUAGAGGGAGGUGAAGAAGAAACCGAAACUGAAGAGGUUGAAGUAUGAGAAGAAAUGGAAGAAGAACAACAACAACCGUUAGAAGCCGAAAAGAAACUUGAUGUCUGUAUGUUUCCCGGCUGUGGCAAAAUACUUCGGCGACAAAAACGAAGACAUUUAAUACAAGCCCACAAUAUCCCAGAGUCCGAAGUCGAAAGAUAUCUUUACCGUCAAACCGGUGCCGCAAUAGAUUUUACCAAAUAUAUUAGAUGCACCAUCUGCCAUAAAGUUAAUCUGAGAGCGACUGUGAGACGACAUCUCAGGACCGUCCACAAAUUAGAAGGAGAGGAGUUGGUAGACCCGUUAAGAAAUAUUACUCGAGAGUCCAUAUACUAUGAUUUACUCCAAAAGUAUGAAGCGGCACUGCAAAAAGGGUUAUUCAACCAAAAAGCGAAGUCCCCGCAAUUGGCAAAAUACGCUGUGAACGAGUUGAAAGUGUAUUUUAAAGGUGUCACUCCAAUUACUAUACACCAGCUACUGGAGAUCAACAACGAAAAAUCGACGGCCCUGAAAUACAGACACCUUAUAGCCAUCAAACACUUUUGCAAAUGGGUGCGGUUUAAUGGCUAUGCAGUAGCUGGUGUAGAUUUUAAAAAGAUACUUGAUGGGAUAGAGUUGGCCUCAGCGUCCGCUAGCCGGCAGAAAAAACAGAAAACCACUCUAAAAAACGUUACGGACCAAGCAAGAAUGGAUAAACUUUUGGGACGUGUCAUCGAGUAUUUCAGUGGUCCUAAAUACAAAGAGGCCAUGGAAGACAUCGACGUCAGACCCGUCUCUGAGAAAACCUACCUCACCUGCCUUGGCCUGUUUGUAGCUUGCCAUAUCCUGGAACGCGGCGGAAGAGUCGGCUACUUUUCAUGUAUGAGCUCAAACAGUCCAGGGAAUAUGAAGACGGAGCUUUGGUCCAGAUAAUAGUCGAAGAGCAGAAAAUUAAGGACGAGGUAGGUUUUCUCACGAUGACACGAGAAGACCACGAUAUGUUUUUAAAGGUAAGAAAACUUCAUAAAUGCAUUCGCUUCCAUUGGACUCACAACUCUACAAAGUAUACCAUAAUAUUCAAAAAUAUUUAAAAAAAAUACUGUCGAUACUACAAAAUAUAUUUAACUAUCGAUAAUCAUUUCUAUUUUUAUUUUUAGCUGGCCAACAUGUAUCAAAAUGUGAACGAGAGAGACGAGAACGACUAUGCAUUGAUUACCCCAUCAAAGAAAAAAAUUCAUGUCGACAAAUCCGUAAGAUCCACACUGAAGAAAGUAUCAGUAUUACUUUGAUGAGGAAAAUGACGGAGACCCUGGCCUCAAGCAUGCCGGAACACCAGCAGCGUGAUGUGGCCAGGGCAAUGGGACAUUCUUUAGAAAUUGCUCGUAAAAAUUAUCAUUUACUGCACAAGGGGCACACAGCUUUGCGCGGUUCCAAAAUAAUAGCUCAAAACUU